UGGCAGCCACUCUGCAGCUGGUCGCCCGGGACCUGGUCCCUCCCGCGAGUCGAAGUGAUGGAGGGGAAGAUAUCCUCUUAGACACACUCGCGCGCGCGCAUCCAGCUGGGCACGUCUCCGGGAGGCAGCAGCCGGCUGGAGCGCCGGGGACCGGGCGGCGGCUUUGACAGCGCGAGCGGCAGGGAGUCCGCGGUCCGCACAGCUUGGCACUGGUCGCAGGAGGACGCAGGGAGGGAAGAUCGCAGCCGCACUGACUGUUGCUCUUUUGAAUGCAUCCCGGGGGACGGAGCUUCCUGACAUUGUCACCGAGGACGCCAGAGGCUCUGCCCUUCGCGUGCGGGAUCCGGGUCUGCGCCGGUGCCUGUGCGGGGAGAGGAGGAUGCGAACCUCCUCCAGCAGAGCUCCUGCGGUCCCCUUAGCUACGCGGACUCGGGCUCCGGCGGCUGCCCCUGACGUGUCUGCACCGCGGGAGCGCGCCCUGCCGCACCUGGCUCCAGCCUCCCAGGGAAGUGCGCGAAACGAGCCCUAAACUCCACUACUUCUCGCCCCCUCCGCUCGCCGUUCCCAGUCCCGGACCUCCUGGCCCCCCGCUGUCGCCGCCCCAGAGUGAGAGCCCACCCUCCCCGCACUCACGCGCGGCUACAGCGCUGCUUGCCUGCUCUCCUUGCAGGCUCACUCCAGCCACAGAGACACAGAACCCGAGCAUCCCAAACUACGGGACAGCUGCCACUGCGACCGCAGGAAAGGCCGGGUGACCCGGCCCUACUACGGGUCUGGUUCAAGGCUCUCAAGCUGCGGUCCGCUCCAAGGCUGUCGCCACGGGGGAUGACGCAUGGUGUUCAUUUAUGGAGCUAUAUAAAUCUCAUAAGAAUAAUUGAAGAGCACGUGUAAACCUGCUCCUUUGCCCUGUUUGGGUCGCCUCCCUCAUGACUUAACCCAAAUGUCGGGAAGCAGCUGCCAGUCAGUGGCUGUGUUUAAUCAUCUAUUGUUCCUCCCAUUAACCUGCCCACCUCAAGUCCCAGCCCAGGCCGCUUCCCCAAAGAGAUAACCAAGCCCUGCUGGAUUAAGACUGGCAUUUCUGCUGCCCACCUCAGGAGUCUCAAAAGCCAGCUGACACGCUUGGAAAGUAGACAACCCACUUGCCAUACUUGGAAGUCUCUCCUCCAUACUAUAGAACUUUCUAGAUGAGCAUAAAGAUGUGAAGGUGCUCAAAAGGAGAACAACUCACAAGAUAACCAGGAGGUGAGGCCAUGGGACACCCACUAGCCAGAUAAUCCUCCCUGGAGUAACUGAGAAGUGUCUGAAUGUAGGCCGUGGCAGUCCUGAAGGUUGAUGGAGGGCCAUGCUAUUCAAACAGCAGGUGUGGCUGAGACAGAAGCUCCUGGUGCUGGGAAGCCUUGCCCUUGGGAGCCUGCUGUAUCUAGUUGCCAGAGUUGGGAGCUUGGAUAGGCUCCAGCCCAUUUGCCCUGUUGAAAGCCGAUUUGGUGGCGCCCACAGUCAGGCUGAGUUCCCACUCCGAGCUCUGCAGUUUAAGAGAGGUCUGCUGCAUGAGUUCCGGAAAGGCAACUCUUCCAAGGAGCAGGUUCGCCUCCAUGACCUGGUACAGCAGCUCCCCAAAGCCAUUAUCAUUGGGGUGAGGAAAGGGGGCACCAGGGCCCUACUAGAGAUGCUGAACCUCCAUCCUGCAGUGGUCAAAGCUUCUCAAGAGAUCCACUUCUUCGACAAUGAUGAGAACUAUGCUAAGGGCAUUGAGUGGUACAGGAAAAAGAUGCCUUUUUCCUACCCUCAGCAAAUCACAAUUGAAAAGAGCCCGGCCUAUUUCAUCACAGAAGAGGUUCCAGAAAGGAUUUACAAAAUGAACUCAUCCAUCAAGCUGUUGAUCAUUGUCAGGGAGCCGACUACACGAGCGAUUUCUGAUUACACUCAGGUGCUAGAGGGGAAAGAGAGGAAGAACAAAACAUACUAUAAGUUCGAGAAGCUAGCCAUAGACCCUAAUACCUGUGAAGUGAACACAAAAUACAAGGCGGUUAGGACCAGCAUCUACACAAAACAUCUGGAGCGCUGGCUCAAGUACUUUCCGAUUGAACAGUUCCACGUCGUGGAUGGAGACCGUCUCAUCACCGAGCCUCUGCCUGAGUUACAGCUCGUGGAGAAGUUCUUAAACCUUCCUCCGAGGAUAAGUCAGUACAAUUUAUAUUUCAAUGCUACCAGAGGGUUUUACUGUUUGCGAUUUAACAUUAUCUUUAAUAAGUGCCUGGCGGGCAGCAAGGGGCGCAUCCAUCCAGAGGUAGACCCCUCCGUCAUUACCAAAUUGCGCAAAUUCUUUCACCCCUUUAAUCAAAAAUUUUACCAGAUCACUGGGAGGACAUUGAACUGGCCCUAAAAUAAUACAUUGUGCAACACCAUGUGUUGUACCUGGAGACACAUGGCAUCUCCUCUCAAUUAAAAUAUGCACUUUCUCAGACACAGCUCCCCAAAUUCAUUUCUCCAUGAGUACUUGUACAUACGCAGUGUGUGACCAAAUAUAAGAUCAAUUUUUUUUCUACUGAGACUUUACAAAAAAUAAAUAUUAAGUUGCUGCCUGCAUAGUUGCAUCUUUUAAGCUAUUUACAAAUGAGAAGAAGAGGUGGUGGGACUGGGGGAAAGUGACUCCAGAUAUUCUCAAGAGUUAGUCUUCCUUUGAUUCAGAAUGUGUCACCCGCCAUUUUCAUAGAUUUAAGCCAAAAGAUGAAUGUGUGAAAACGUAUCAAUGGCUGUAAAGCUUCAGGAAGUAGAGGGUUCAGUUUUACGGUUUUUUUUUUUUUUGGUUUGGUUUGGUUUGGUUUUUUGUCCUAAGGUGAAGCUGGAUUUUUAAUCCAGAUACUGGAUUGGUGCCAUGAAAACAGAAUAUGCUAUUUUCUUAUUAUUUAGAAGAAUGUCUUAUCUCAUAAAAUUGACAUUGUCCCAAAGUUCCUGUGGUGAUUUUGCACUCCUGUUUCCCUUGUUUGGACCAUGGCGUCAUUUGUAGCAGGCCAAUCACAAGCCGGCAAGUCCAGUCCUUUCACUUCCAUGUGUAUGUCAACAAAGAGAAGUGUCCUGUACAUACUGUACAUGAUGUAAAUAUCAGUUUCACACUAAGUAAUUCUAUUUUGUAAACUGAAUAUGGCUAUUUAAUUUAUUGUGAAAAUUAAAUUUAUUGUGGUAUUUAAAAUGGAAUGGAUUAAAAUUACACUAUGUGCAACUUUU